AGUUGGGUUGUUCAAUCUGCGAGGAGGACAACAAGCUCUCAUCAGAGUGCACCGGAUGGAUGGAUAGAGCAGGAUGAACACAAGCGAUGACUCGUCUUGUUGGUGCUGGUGGUGACUGUGGGCAGAAUCUGAGUUCAGUUCUGAAGAUGAUGUGAUGUUUUGACUCCAACCGGAUCAAGCAGAGUACUUGUACAAAUGAGUCGCUGCUCGGCGGCAGGACGUGUGUCCUUUCACUGAGGCCACAUGUGUAUCUGGAGAGAUGGACCGCUGUAAGCACGUGGGACGCCUUCGUCUGGGCCAAGACCAUUCCAUUCUCAAUCCACAGAAAUGGCACUGUGUGGAGUGCAGCACCACGGAUUCGGUGUGGGCCUGCCUCAAGUGCUCCCACGUGGCCUGUGGGCGCUUCAUAGAGGAGCACUCGCUCAAACACUUUCAGGAGUCCCAACACCCGCUGGCUAUGGAGGUGCGGGAGCUGGAUGUCUUCUGCUUUGCUUGUGGAGACUAUGUACUCAAUGACAACGCAGAGGGAGACCUCAAGCUCCUCAGAGGGGCCCUCUCUACGGUUCGGGGCCCGGGCAGGCGGUCACUGCGCUCGUCCACCGGAGCUGGCGAAGGCGGGCUACAGCCCGCCAUGCUGCUGGCUCUGCGCCACAGGAGGAAAACGCUCCUGAGGAAGACGUUUCAGACGUGGUUAGGCAAACACCAAGAGCUUCAGAAUGAGCGCGAGGAGAAACUGGAGGAGGCCAGGAGACAAAAGAAGGAGGUAAAAAGGAGGCUUAUGGAGGAACUCGUCAGUGUUCCUCCCAGAAAGAGCGCCAGGCUUCUCACUCAGGCGCCACGUUCGACCGUCACGCUCAUUCCUCGCAAAUUUCGCGACCCGCCAGAACGCCUACCUCCUCCCGCUCCUCCCAGGAAGCCUUCGAUUCUCACCCUGCCCCGCAAGGCUCCUCCGAACGGCAGAGCRGCCAAACGGAGGCGGUACUACUCCCCGCACGCUGUGACGCAGAGGAGACCCGCUCCGGGUGUGACCGGUCUGCGCAACCUGGGGAACACGUGCUACAUGAACUCGAUCCUGCAGGUGCUGAGCCACCUGCAGAAAUUCAGGGAGUGUUUUCUAACGUUGGACCUGUGUGAGACUGAGGAGCUGCUGGCCAAAACCAACCACUCCCAGGCCCUGAAGGGCGUGACAGGAGGGGUCGUCAGUGGUGGAAACACGCCGCUGUCGGAGUUCCCACUGGGACGCGUGGGGAAGGCGGGCUGCUUGAAUUUGCCAGUGGGCAAAAAAGAAAGCGUCCCGCCCUCCCCGCAGGCCGCAGAGUUGGUCCAGCCCAAGGAGUCUCGCUGCUCCACUCGCCAGCAAAUGUCUCUGUGCCACGAGUUGCACACYCUUUUCAGGGUCAUGUGGUCGGGCCGGUGGUCUUUGGUGUCUCCCUUCGCCAUGCUGAACUCGGUGUGGAACCUCAUCCCGGCGUUCCGCGGUUACGACCAGCAAGACGCCCAGGAGUUCCUGUGUGAGCUGCUGGACAAGGUGCAGCAGGAGCUGGACACGGAGGGCUCCAAACGGCGGAUAGUCAUCCCCAUCACAAAGAGGAAGCUGUCCAAGCAAGUGCUAAAGGUUCUCAACACCAUCUUUCACGGUCAGCUCCUCAGCCAGGUGACGUGUUUGUCGUGUAAGCACAAGUCCAACACGGUCGAGCCGUUCUGGGAUUUAUCUUUGGAGUUUCCAGAGCGAUACCACAGUACCAACAAAGGCUCGGGCUCUACAGCUUACCAGCGGAGCUGCACCCUUGUGGAAAUGCUGUCCAAGUUUACAGAGAUGGAGGCUCUGGAGGGUAACAUCUACGCCUGCAACCACUGCAACAAAAGAAGAAGAAAAUCAUCCCACAAACCCCUGGUUCUGUCAGAAGCAUGUAAGCAGCUUCUGAUCUACCGUUUACCUCAGGUUCUACGGCUACACCUCAAACGCUUCAGAUGGUCGGGCCGGAACCACAGAGAGAAAAUCGGCGUCCACGUGGCCUUCGACCAGGUUCUGAACAUCAAACCGUACUGCUGCACAGACUCAGGUCACUCCGUCCACAGAGGAGGCUACACCUACGAUCUGUCUGCUGUGGUUAUGCAUCAUGGGAAAGGCUUCGGCUCAGGGCAUUACACCGCAUACUGCUACAACACCGAAGGAGGUUUCUGGGUCCACUGUAACGACUCUGAGAUGAAGGUUUGCAGUGUGGAGGAGGUGUGCAACACUCAGGCCUAUAUUCUCUUCUACACCCAGAGGUCUGCUUAGGUACCUCUCUCGCUGUGAUGUUGACUCGGACUGAGGGCUGCAUUAAUGAAAAUGUUAUCAGAUCUUUUCCCAGAUGUCACUUUAAAACGAUUAACUGAAAGGAGAAAAAAAUGGUUGCGGAGGGAAAACCACGUUUCUUGUCGAGGUUUCAGCAGCUUAAUCCAGAUAAGAAGCGUAGUGGUGAGUAAUGAGCUGGAAACUGUGUCUGACGUUUCAGCAAGAGCCUUUUCCAUAAAUGAGGCUUCAGGGAUCCCAGCUAGUGGGACCAGGGUUCGUUUGUUUUUGUUUUAUGGCCUGAAGACUGUGGGAGCAGGUCCAUGUCUGUCCUGCUGAACGCCAAGUUUGUGUGUCCAUGAUUUUCAAACAGCCGUCAGGCUUUCUCCUGAGACAGCAUUUUACACUCGAAGGCAACACGGAGUCUGGAGUUUGAAACGUUUGCUUUCUAUCUUUCACCGUAACGUUUGAUCURGGUGCUUCACAUUCAAACGGUCCACGAGGAAUCUGAUCGUCAGACUAAAUUCCAAACUCUGUGUUGCUUUUAAUUCAGCCUUUUUUUAUAAUCUUGUGACAUGUCAGAUAUUCGAACAUUCACGACUCAUCCCCGUGUCGUUUGUGUUUCGUCUUUUCUUCUCCAACAUACUGCUGUGACUGGAUACUGUGUCUUAGACUCGAGACUCUCAGUGAACAUAAAUAUUGUUUUAUUUUUUUUAAUUUUUAUUUUUUUUGUAGCCAUUUUGUUUUAAUUCCAUGAAAAAGAGGCAAAAAAGUGUGCAGUUCAGAUGUGUGACGGGAGGCUGCAGUUUGGUACUGCUGUAUGAUGGGGAUUAAUGAAAUUAGCAGCUGGUCCUGUGGUGGUGACUCCUCCCCGACCCGCAGGAGACGAGAAACGAGCAUAUUAAAGAAUGUGUUUUUUGCUAGGGGGGGACUCGGAGCACCCAUUUCUUAAGUUGAGCACCUGAAAGCAAUAUAUUGUACGUKUCUCAUGUCGACUGAAAAUUAGGAUCAAAUCAGGAAUUCUUCUGCUUGUGAUACGAUGUUCUUUUCUACUCUGCCGUUUUUACCAAGGUCUUUAGAAUUUGCUAGGUAAUCGAGAAUAAUGUUGUGUUUGAUACGAGUCAAACGCAAAACACAUUUUGUGAACUCUGUGAAAGUCGGAACAAUCUAAUGACGAUGAAUGUCUUACUUUAUAGAGGUCAGCCGAGGCCACGCCGCUGGCCCCGAUGCCCUCGGGUUCUGUCUUGUACUGUAAGAAUACCUGUCAAAAAUGUAUUGUUCGUUUAGGUUUUGCCUGACAGUAAUUAUUAAAAAGACAACAAACUC